UAACCCACAGCUACACACAACAAAAAGCCUUUGUCGUCUUCGGUGACUAGCAGAAUUGCGGAUAGAGCUACAGAUUUGAAGGAGUCAAGUAGCUAUGGCGUCCUGGUUGUUCGCCUGUCUCCUGACACUGGUUACUGUGGUAGUUCUCCCUGUCCCGGGAGUCAGGGCCGAGGUGUUCACGGCCCUGGUCCACAUGGAGGGACUCGUCUCUCUGGAGAAGGAGCUACUGGGCGGACUGGAGUCCUACCUGGAGCUGGAGAGACAGAGGUUGGGUCGUGUGGAGCAGUUUGCUGAUCGAGUGAGGUUGGCUCUCACGUCAGCCAGCCAGGACCCCAGCACCCAUCUCUCUGACCCUGUCAAUGCCUACCAACUGGUCAACAGGUUCACCAAUGGCUGGGCCACUCUACAUGACCACGUGUAUGAAGACAAUGCACAAGGUCUGAUGGCCAACAUCUCCUACUACAACUUCCGGUUCCCUGACACAGAGGACUUCACAGGAGCAGUGACGGCCAUCCUGAGACUCCAGGACACCUACCGACUCUCUCCCUCCCUCAUCACCAGUGGCAAACUCGGCACCACCACCACCUUACCCAUGACAUGACAUAAUGGUCUAUGGGAAGAUGUUUUAACAAAACGCGCACCAGGUGCACCCCACAAAGUGCUGCUUCCUAAUUCCACUGAAGAGAGCUUCCAGUUGGCCAUGGAUGUCUACGACUCCAAGGACUACCGCUACGCCAGAGACUGGAUGAAAGAAACCCUCAGACUACUUGAUGAGGAGGGUCACUCAUCGACUGUAGAUCUGAGUGACGUGUAUGACCACCUGUCAUUUGCAGAGUACAAGUUGGGGAACCUCAAGAGAGCAGCUCACUACACCAGACUGAUGCUACAGAAUGAUCCGACCCAUGCCCGGGCCCAGAGAAACGUCGCCUACUUUGAGGAGCUCAUUCGCACAGAACCUGAGAAGUAUAUUAACCAGGAUGAUGAGAGGGGCGAGGAGGGAGAGGGAGAGACUGCAGAGUCCAGAGAGAGCAUGACUCAGUAUGAGAGAUAUCAGAGCCUGUGCCGAGGUCCAUGGCCACUUCCAAAGGAGUAUGACUCUGAGCUGACCUGUUUCUACUAUGACAACCACAGGACCCCGAGUCUGGUCAUCAGACCUGUCAAGGUGGAGGUUGUCUUCCACAAACCUCGUAUAUUCAUGCUGCGUGGGAUUUUGUCGGAGCGAGAGAUGGACAGACUGAAAGAGUUGGCUGGACCAAUACUAAAGAGAGCUACCGCAAAAAAUGCUGACAGUGGUAAGGACGAACCUGCCCACUACAGAAUUAGCAAGAGUGGAUGGCUAUCUUCAAAGCAUGAUCCUCUUGGCUAUGUUGACCGCAUUGACCGCAGAAUAGAGGACUUCACUGGACUCACCAUGUCCACAGCCGAGCAGCUACAGGUGGUAAACUAUGGGAUAGGAGGGCAUUAUGAACCACACUAUGACUUUGGCACCGACGAAGCUUCUUUCACUGAUGGUAAAGACAGAAACCGUAUCGCCACUGUUCUUUUUUACUUGUCAGAUGUGGAAUUGGGUGGUGCCACAGUAUUUCCCAUAGUCGGAGCUCGCAUCCAACCUUUCAAAGGAGACGCUGCCUUUUGGUGGAACUUGAAGAAGUCAGGAGAGGGAGACAUGCUCACAAGACAUGCAGGCUGCCCUGUCCUAGUGGGCACCAAAUGGGUUUGCAACAAGUGGAUACAUGAGGGAGGUCAAGAGUUCAGAAGGAGGUGUGGUCUAACUCCAAAUGAAGAGUCAUAUGGACACUCACUCUAGUGGUGGCUCGCCCUGGUUUGAUCAUUGGAUUCCCAAAGAAAGAGUUUUGGCCAUUAUCAUUCUUCCUCACAUUUUGUUGUACCGUUUGGUGAAUUUUAAUUUCUUGCCCUGACGUUCCAAUCAGGUUUAAAUGAAGCACUGCGUAAGUGAGUUUCUUGCAAUGAACACCGUGAACAACAGUAACCACAUCUUAGUAGAAGAGAAUGUUCUUUGUCCUCGCACAAUAUUGUUCUUCUUGUCUGGUAAUUAGGCCUUGAUAAGCAUAAGUUUGGGAAUAAUGGGUAUGGAUGUGAAUCGAGAAUAAUGCCGAGAAUAAUAGGGAAGUUUUGGGGGUAGCGUGUAAUUAUUUUCUAAACCU